AUGCCAACCGCCAGGCUGCGACGUGCGCGAGGGCAGCGACAGAGAUAUACUCCUGCUGCUGCAGCAGCAGCAGCAGCAGUAGCAGCAGCAGUAGCAGCAGCAGCAGCAGCAGUAGCAGCAGCAGCAGACGUAACGUCUGCUAGAGCAGCAGCAGCAGCUGCUGCAACAGCUGCUGCAGCAGCAUCAGCAACAGCAACAGCAGCAGCAGCGGCAGCAGCAGCAGGAGCAGCUGCAGCAGCUGCAGCAGCUGCAGCAGCUGCAGCAGCUGCUCCUGCAGCAGCUGCAGCAGCAGGUUGGAUACUGAUGCCGGUUGAAUGCAUUUGCAUUGCUGCCAGCAGCUUCACUAGCGCCCUUCACCGGACUCACUAA